CAGCACUGGGGUCAGCUGGGGUAAGGUGCAGAGAAUCUCCCUAUACAUUCCUUUACAACUUGCUUUAAAUUAAUAAUUAUUUCAAAAUAGAAAGUUACAAAUGAAUAAAUGGAUAGAUAGGUAAAUAAAUGGAACCUGACAUUGGAGAGCCAUUUAGCAUCCAUUCUCUUCUGCUGCUAUUUAAGAAACACUUCUAGAAGUCAAGGCCUUUACACAUAUUAUACUUCGGUUACUCCUCUCAAAAAUCCUGAAUAAUAGGUAUUAUUAUCUCUAUCCUGCAGAUGGAGAAGCAGACUCAGAAGCAUAAAGCCACUUGCCCAAGGGCCUCUGUCUGUCAAGAGCACACACUCGUGCCCACUCCGCACCACUCCUUCUAGCCUUGAAGGCCACACCAGUCAGCAGAUGGAAUACCCCAUCUGACACACUGCCAGGGGGGGACUUGCUCACCUAAGAGGGCCUGGGGCCUGGGAUGGGGGAAGCCCAUAAGCAGGUCUUGAUGGGGAAAUCAGAGGGUCAGUCCCUGGAGGGCAAGGUCAGCUCCUGGGAAGUAGUUGGGGAACUGGGCCACUCCUUCUCUUCUGUCUGCACCUACCCUUGAAACUGGCCCUGGCCCAGUGCAGGCACGCCAGGGACACUCCCCAGCACUGUUCCCUCCCUAUUCUUUCCUGACUGUCUCCCCAUCAGGUCACCCACCCCUAACCAAUGCCAUCUCCCCUUUUACAGAGCUGAACUUCAUCACCCAGUCCCCAGAGGCAGCAAGACAUGGGCCCCAUUUUCCAAAUCCUGACGGCUCUCAUUUAACCAGAAGACUUGGAGGGGAGCCACCGCCCCUGACCAUGUAGAUACCAGCUCCAGGGAGCAGCAUGGGCCCCACUGAAUGGAGACUCCUGGGUCUACAGCCCUGAGCCCCUCCGGCCCCUGGACGUUGCCCCGUGCCCAGGGACACCCCUUGGAGCUCACCACCGCAGUCGCCAGCCCACCUCGGCCGCCCCCUCCCCCUGGGACCCAAAGUCGGCCACCAGGAGUCACAGUCAUCCAGUGAGGUUGUGCUAAGGACAGCCACGUGGAGCCGUCGCCCAGCAGCCUCUGGUCCAGUGCUGACUCUCGGGCCCACCCCGAGCAGGGACUGGAGCAAACAUGGGUGACAUGACCAACAGCGAUUUUUACUCCAAAAACCAAAGAAAUGAGUCAAGCCAUGGGGGCGAGUUCGGGUGCACAAUGGAGGAGCUCCGCUCCCUCAUGGAGCUACGGGGCACCGAGGCUGUGGUCAAGAUCAAGGAGACUUAUGGGGACACUGAAGCCAUCUGCCGGCGCCUCAAAACCUCACCUGUCGAAGGUUUGCCGGGCACUGCUCCAGAUCUGGAAAAGAGAAAGCAGAUUUUCGGGCAAAACUUUAUACCUCCAAAGAAGCCAAAAACCUUCCUGCAGCUGGUGUGGGAGGCACUGCAAGACGUGACACUGAUCAUUCUGGAAAUCGCGGCCAUCAUCUCCCUGGGGCUGUCCUUUUACCACCCACCUGGCGAGAGCAAUGAAGGAUGUGCGACGGCCCAGGGUGGGGCAGAGGAUGAAGGGGAGGCAGAGGCCGGCUGGAUCGAGGGGGCGGCCAUCCUCCUCUCGGUCAUCUGUGUGGUCCUGGUCACGGCCUUCAAUGACUGGAGCAAAGAGAAACAGUUCCGGGGCCUGCAGAGCCGCAUCGAGCAGGAGCAAAAGUUCACCGUGGUUCGGGCUGGCCAGGUGGUCCAGAUCCCUGUGGCCGAGAUUGUUGUUGGGGACAUUGCCCAGGUCAAAUAUGGUGACCUCCUCCCUGCUGAUGGCCUCUUCAUCCAGGGCAACGACCUCAAGAUUGAUGAAAGCUCCCUGACGGGGGAGUCUGACCAGGUGCGCAAGUCCGUGGACAAGGAUCCCAUGUUGCUAUCAGGGACCCACGUGAUGGAGGGCUCUGGACGGAUGGUAGUGACUGCUGUGGGGGUGAAUUCUCAGACCGGCAUUAUCUUCACCCUGCUGGGGGCUGGCGGUGAGGAGGAAGAGAAGAAAGACAAGAAAGGUGUGAAGAAGGGGGAUGGCCUUCAGCUACCAGCGGCCGAUGGGGCAGCAGGUUCAAAUGCUACAGAUAGUGCAAAUACCAGCCUAGUCAAUGGUAAAAUGCAGGAUGGCAAUGUGGACGCCAGCCAGAGCAAAGCCAAACAGCAGGACGGGGCAGCCGCCAUGGAGAUGCAGCCCCUCAAGAGUGCCGAGGGUGGCGACGCUGAUGACAAAAAAAAGGCCAACAUGCACAAGAAGGAGAAAUCCGUGCUGCAGGGCAAGCUCACCAAGCUGGCUGUGCAGAUCGGCAAGGCGGGUCUGGUGAUGUCGGCCAUCACGGUCAUCAUCCUGGUGCUCUACUUCACCGUGGACACCUUCGUGGUCAACAAGAAGCCAUGGCUACCCGAGUGCACGCCCGUCUACGUGCAGUACUUUGUCAAGUUCUUCAUCAUCGGCGUGACGGUGCUGGUGGUCGCCGUGCCGGAGGGGCUCCCUCUGGCCGUCACCAUCUCGCUGGCCUACUCAGUGAAGAAAAUGAUGAAAGACAACAACCUGGUACGUCACCUGGAUGCCUGUGAGACCAUGGGCAAUGCCACCGCCAUCUGCUCAGACAAGACAGGCACGCUGACCACCAAUCGCAUGACAGUCGUGCAGGCCUACGUUGGCGAUGUCCACUACAAGGAGAUCCCUGACCCCAGUUCCAUCAACGCCAAGACCAUGGAGCUGCUCGUCAACGCCAUUGCCAUCAACAGCGCCUACACCACCAAGAUUCUGCCCCCAGAGAAGGAGGGUGCCCUGCCUCGGCAAGUGGGCAACAAGACGGAGUGCGGCCUGCUGGGCUUCGUGCUGGACCUGAAGCAGGACUACGAGCCCGUGCGCAGCCAGAUCCCGGAGGAGAAACUGUACAAGGUGUACACCUUCAACUCCGUGCGCAAGUCCAUGAGCACAGUCAUCAAGCUGCCCGAUGAGAGCUUCCGCAUGUACAGCAAGGGCGCUUCCGAGAUCGUGCUCAAGAAGUGCUGCAAAAUCCUCAGUGGGGCAGGGGAGCCCCGGGUCUUCCGGCCCCGUGACCGGGACGAGAUGGUGAAGAAAGUGAUCGAGCCCAUGGCCUGCGAUGGGCUCCGAACCAUCUGUGUGGCCUACCGUGACUUCCCCAGCAGCCCCGAGCCCGACUGGGACAAUGAGAAUGACAUCCUCAAUGACCUAACCUGCAUCUGUGUGGUGGGCAUUGAGGACCCCGUGCGGCCCGAGGUUCCAGAAGCCAUCCGCAAGUGCCAGCGGGCAGGCAUCACCGUCCGCAUGGUCACUGGUGACAAUAUCAACACGGCCCGGGCCAUCGCCAUCAAGUGUGGGAUCAUCCAUCCUGGGGAGGACUUUCUGUGCCUGGAGGGCAAGGAGUUCAACCGGAGGAUCCGCAAUGAGAAGGGGGAGAUUGAACAGGAGCGAAUUGACAAGAUCUGGCCAAAGCUCCGGGUGCUGGCUCGCUCCUCCCCCACGGAUAAGCAUACCCUCGUCAAAGGCAUCAUCGAUAGCACCCACACCGAGCAGCGCCAGGUGGUGGCCGUGACCGGGGAUGGCACCAACGACGGGCCUGCACUCAAGAAGGCCGACGUGGGCUUUGCCAUGGGCAUCGCAGGCACGGACGUGGCCAAGGAGGCCUCAGACAUCAUCCUAACGGAUGACAACUUCAGCAGCAUCGUCAAGGCAGUGAUGUGGGGCCGCAACGUCUAUGACAGCAUCUCCAAAUUCCUGCAGUUCCAGCUGACGGUCAACGUGGUGGCUGUGAUCGUGGCCUUCACGGGUGCCUGCAUCACGCAGGACUCCCCUCUGAAGGCUGUGCAGAUGCUCUGGGUAAACCUCAUCAUGGACACGUUCGCCUCACUGGCACUGGCCACUGAGCCACCCACCGAGACCCUGCUUCUGAGGAAGCCAUAUGGCCGCAACAAGCCCCUCAUCUCACGGACCAUGAUGAAGAACAUCCUGGGCCACGCCGUCUACCAGCUCACCCUCAUCUUCACCCUGCUCUUUGUUGGCGAGAAGAUGUUCCAGAUCGACAGCGGGAGGAACGCGCCCCUGCACUCGCCACCCUCGGAACACUACACCAUCAUCUUCAACACCUUCGUCAUGAUGCAGCUCUUCAAUGAGAUCAACGCCCGCAAGAUCCACGGCGAGCGCAAUGUCUUCGAUGGCAUCUUCCGGAACCCUAUUUUCUGCACCAUCGUGCUGGGCACCUUUGCCAUCCAGAUAGUGAUCGUGCAGUUUGGGGGAAAGCCAUUCAGCUGCUCUCCACUGCAGCUGGACCAGUGGAUGUGGUGCAUAUUCAUCGGGUUAGGAGAGCUCGUCUGGGGCCAGGUCAUCGCUACCAUCCCGACCAGCAGGCUCAAGUUCCUCAAGGAGGCGGGCAGGCUCACGCAGAAGGAGGAGAUCCCGGAGGAGGAGCUCAAUGAGGACGUGGAGGAGAUAGACCACGCCGAGAGGGAGCUGCGGCGAGGCCAGAUCCUGUGGUUCCGAGGCCUGAAUCGGAUCCAGACCCAGAUUCGCGUCGUGAAGGCGUUCCGUAGCUCUCUCUAUGAAGGUCUAGAAAAGCCUGAGUCUCGAACCUCCAUCCAUAAUUUCAUGGCUCACCCCGAAUUCCGGAUCGAAGAUUCACAGCCCCACAUCCCCCUUAUUGACGACACUGACCUGGAAGAAGAUGCCGCCCUCAAGCAGAACUCGAGCCCUCCGUCAUCGCUCAACAAGAACAACAGCGCCAUCGACAGCGGGAUCAACCUAACGACGGACACAAGCAAAUCAGCUACCUCUUCAAGUCCAGGGAGCCCCAUCCACAGCCUGGAGACGUCGCUUUAGCUGAGGACCCCACCGCCACCCACCCACCCCCGGGCCCCACCCAUCCAGGCACCCAGCUCACCCAAGCAGCAAGGAGCAACAACAGGAAACCAAAUACUGGCAAGAAAACCAACAUUUCCACCCAACAGACCCUUUUUCUGGCUGCGAUGCUGUUUGAACUCUUUUACACUUUGAGGCAAGGGGCGGGAUCUCCCGGGGGGGGGGGGGGGGAGGCUUACGGGAGUGAGUGAUUUUCCCAGAACAAGCCCUUCCUGGCUCCCGCCCAAACACGGACCAGCCGUGCACCCGCCAGGCCACCACGUCCCCUGCAUGAAUGUACUGUACACUUCCAGUCCUCCCCUUGUUUGGUUUUGGGGGGGUCGGGGAGGGUUUUUUGUUUGUUUUCUUAGGCGGGAACUGCAGACAGACUCUUUUCUGAGACUCUUUAUCCAAUCCACUGGUCUGUGAGUUUUUGAAAUGCUUGCGCAGCAUGGUCUCAGUUGUAUAGGUUAAUUUAACAACUUUUUGAAACUGCAGAGCUUAACUCACCUAGUAAAUUUGCACCAACGGAACCGAAGAACUUCACAGACACUCACGAGGUUAUAUCCAUUUCUUUGUAUCUAUAUCAACGUAUACUUUUCCAAGACUGUAUACGUCCAUAUAGAUAGGUAUAUAUAUAUGUAUAUAUAUAUAUAUACAUAUAUAUACACACACACACACACACACGGAUAUAUAAAGUUUUUUUUGCCGGCAUGUUGCCUUGUUUCCGCUUAAAUUGCUCUAUUUUAACUUAUUUAUGUCCUAAAACAAGAAUGUAAUUUGUUUACAAACCUGUAGAUAACGUCUUUGGCUAUUUGUACAGUUUAAGAACACUGGCGGCCGAGAUGUUAUAUAAACAGCUCAGCCCAACAGACACUUCCCUGGAUUGCAUCCUUGAUGUUUUACAAUAGCCAUGCUCUGAUUUUUGCCUGCUGUUUCCAUUCAAUUAUGUCACUACCGCGGGAGGCUCAGGCAGAAGCCAAAUGCUACCGAGGAGGAGUAUCCAUCGGAGGGCUUAACACCAUGCUCCGUAGACACAGGGAGAGGAAGAGAGAAGGCUUCCUUAGGUUCGCAGCACUAACAGCGGGCCUGGCCCGGGGGUGACGGGGUCCGCCCAGCUCUGGUCGAAGACUUUUCUCUCGAUGAAACUCGCUUGAGUUUACUAAGAGCAUUUCAAAAAGAAGUUCUCUUUGGCACUGUCUGGGCAGAGGUUGAGGUAGUGUUGCAAUAUUAUAAAUGCUACUCUGUUGAUUUUUUCUUUUUUUUAGGAAUUUAGAGGUUUAUUUACUUAUAAAUUGCAGCGUAUGAGCUGUUGGCAUACUGGAUGAGGAUCAUUAUGGCUUGCUGCUUUUAUUUUUAUUUUUGAAGAAGAAUAGCCUUUUUCUCUGCACUAUUUAGAUCCGAACGAACCUUAUGAUGUGUAUAUUGAGAUGUAUUCAGUGUGAUUUUUAAACCAAAUUGUCUUCCUGUAGUCGCAGUAUAUACUGUAGCCUUUUGACAGCAAGUCUUGCUUUCCCAGACAGAAAGCCAUUCUGAAACCCUACAGUAUCACAGGUGAGAAAAGGUGGUUAUUUUUCCCCCAAGACAAUAACAGCACUAGUAAUCCCACUUAAUGAGAGCUUAUUUAAUUGUACGUCAGCCUCUUAACUGCUAAGCACUUUGUGGGUAUCAGCUUUUUUCAUAAAAGAACUUUUGUAUUUAAUACAAAGUUUGCUUUGAGACUUUUCAGCAUACAAUCUUUUUCCAUAAACUUGUACAGUGCAAAAGACAUUUUGAAUACCAUGAUCGAUGACGUCCCAUGCUUUGAGGAAAACCAAACACUUUCCACCUCGCUUGCAAAAUUCAUUCCUCAUACUGACCCCUUCCCACGGUUGCUCUGUGUCAGCUCAGCCCUUCCCUUCUCCAGGCCCAGAGAAUUCUUCCACAAACAAGAUGAGAGCCACUCGGGAAAAGAGCCAUAGUCAGCUGGGAGGGCCUACGGCUGGGUGGCUGUGAAGGAACCUGAGGCUUUGGGAUCCCAAGUCAGCCCAUCCCACCUGGCAAAACCUUCCUAGAAGGAGGACCUUCUGUGUGCGAGAGCAUCACCUGAAUGUCGUGAAGGAAUCUCUCUGAAUGUACCCAGCAGAGGAAACUGCAUCCCCAAAGGGGUGACCAGCCCUCAGAUGUGCUUAUUGGAUUCCAAUACAAACACCGCCAAAAGCCAGCCCGUUGUUCUCCUGCUGAGAAAGUAAAGACCUGCACAUGUGAAAAAACCUGGAGCAGCUUUGGAACGUGGUAUUUUUUGUAGUUUCCUUUCUCAAGGUUUUCCAUCUCCCCACCUUCUUGGUUCCAGUCCUGUGUCCAUGACCUCAUUCCCCGACAGCAGGAAAGCUGAGCUUGCCCACCACGCUCCCUGUUCAUUCGGAGCCGGGACACAGGGAAGACAGGAGCGCCUUCUCUGAGCGGAUAGCCUAGUUUAGGGAACAGGGAGCAGUGGAAGUGACCGAGGACACCCGACCUCAGUGUUGGUCUUUUCUUGUCGGGAAUGAUGGAUGCUUACACACAAACACACACACACACACACACACAGAGGAAAUGAUUGGUUUGUCAAAACUCACUGUAGUACAUAAAGCUUGCACUCUGCGUCCUAUAUCUAGCAGCAUGGGGUACGUUUGGCAGUUCACCCCAUUAGGGGGUCAAUAAUUUAUGACCAUUCAUCUGUUUUUAUGAAUUUUUUUAUCUAGACAAUAAUUGUAAAUAAAGAACUCACCGUCUCUGUUCAUUUAAUACUAUGCAAUGGUUAUGCUUUCAAUUGCUGACUCUUCUUACUCCUGCAGCGUGGUUCUGAAAUGUCUGUGGUUUAAAAAAAAAGGCAAAAAACCAACAUCAAACAGAA